AUGCCAGUACCUUUGCUCCCGUUAUUGCUGCGAAUGUUCCUGUCGCGCCUAUUGCUGCCAGCUGCUCGCCUUGUCCGACGACACCUUCUGCCCCUGCUAUAUGGCCUGGCCCGCCGCCUGAGCUCCCAGGACAUGCGAGAGGCUUUGCUGGGUUGUGUGUUGUUCAUCCUCAGCCAGAGACACCAGCCUGAUGCUGCUGAGGAGACCCCCAGAAUAGCCCGCCCUGAGAGAAGAGAGAGGAUAGACACCCCAAAGGGGCCCAGGAGACCUGGAAGCAGCAGUCGCCAUGGAAACGCUUUCUUUUAG